UUCGUUAUAAUACUAGCAAGGAAUUAAGGGUGAAGCCGGAUUAUCUCCUCACUUCGGCUUUCAACAUAUAUGGGACGUGCCCUGCUCAGAGUCUCAUCGCCAUAAGUACACCACCAAACAAAAGGAAUAAAACAAAGUCAUUCAUCUUCCGUGCGAAAGCAGCCCAACCGCGUCCACCGUUUAAUUACGCGGACGCCGAGUCUUCCUUAUUGAAAUCACCCCCGGUCACCUACAGUCGGUUCAUAGUGGAGAAGAAACUGAAAAGCGGUAAAAUGGCCAGUACUGGCGAUAUCUGGCUACAGUGGUUCUCCUGCUGCUUCCACCAACCGCAGAGCCCGCGACGACGGCGACAUCACCAGCGGCUGCGGAUAGAUCGGUCAAUGAUCGGGAACCCUACCAAUUUCGUGCACACGGGCCACAUUGGUUCCAACGACAUCGAGCUCUCAACGAACCACCUCUCGGCGAUACAAAACCAAAUGCAGAGUAAAGGUGGCUACGAAAUGAAUUCGCUAAGACUACAGGCCUGCUGAUAAGCCAUUCGUCGCCGUCCGUUAAUUUAUUCCUAGUUUGUAAGGCCAUUAAAUAUUGAAAACAAUAACACCCUGUGUACACAACCGAGAGAUCUACAAAGGUAAGGCGGAUGAAUUAGCAGACUCAAUUAAUUGUAACGCCUGGCAGAUAGAGAAAAAAAGGUUAUAAUUAACGACUUGAAUCAUCCUAAUGAAAACAAAGCGUUCCUACACGCCUACAACUUCUGUACGAGAUAAGAACCGAAAGGCAAAAAUUUGAUCCACUACUAGACAAUAGCCGAAAACUACACGGAACUACCAUUAGAAUCAAAACAAUAGGUAAAAGGCCUUAUACUUAGUGCUAUCCCAACUUCUUUCCGAUUCUUGCAGUUGUG